CUAGAGCCUCCGAUGCCCAGUGAUCGAUACGCCAUUGAUCCGGACUCACCGCCGCCAUCGCGAGGGUACAUGGAGGAGGUGGUUGGACUGGUGGCCACACUCGAAGGCAUGGUCCUGCGUAGGGAGGCACAGUUGUCUGUCGCGGGCAUUCAGAUGCCUUCAUGGUCCGGUCAGCCGCAGGCCAGGCCAUCUGGGCCUCCUUGGGGAGCUGAGCCAUCUGUGCCAUUUCACGGGGCGGGGUCAUCUCGGCCUUCCCGGGGAGCCGGGCCAUCUAGGCCUUUUCGUGGAGCUCGAGGAGGGCCCGUCCGCAGACGCAGGGCUCACGUUGUGGAGGUGGAGCCUGAUGAGGAGGAGGAGGAUACUGAGGAGGAGGAGGAGGCUACCGAUCAUCAGUCAGAGACAUCUGCUGAGGAGGGGGGCUCCGGUUUUGGUUCGGGGAAUAGAGGCGAGGCUGAGGGGGACCCUGAGGAUGACAGCUCCGACUCAGAUGGUGGUGCGGAGAUUUUCCCGCAAAAGAGGAUGAGGCGUGCUUCUCGUUCCCACUCCCGAGGACUUUGAUGUUGCUAUUUCCUG